AUAAUUAUAAUAACUAUUAUUAUUUCUUAUACCUACAUACAAGCAGGUUUAUAAUGAGUUCUUAUAUAAUGUUAAAUACAGAUCAAGAGUUGGUUAUAGAAGAUAUAUCAUAAUAAAAAAUAUAUGAUAAAUAUGUGAGUAUUCCCCCAAACCGCCAUUGCUCCCAUUACUCCUAUCCUCAAACAUCCACCAUCCCCUUUAUACGGCUCCUUUCAUCUCCUCUAGGUCCGGCAGACCGAACCAUUAAAGCCUCCUCCCUACCAUUGCUGCUAAUAUUAAGUACAUAUUUUCCCCCAGUCGCCCUAGGUACAACGUUUCCAUCCCUAAACACACCUUCCACCUCCUCUAGUGUCUUCCCUAUAGUCUCUGGGAACCACAACCAAACCAUUACCGCACCUACCCAAUUGAACGCCAUAAAGCAAUAAAAGAAUCGAUAUUCCAACCUUCAGAGUCCAAUCGGCGCACACUGCGCAAAUAAGAGAUUUAAUGACCAGUUGACAAAUGUACUGACUGAAUUUCCGAGGGCCCGGAUCCGUGUGCUGAAGAUCUCUGCAGGAUAUAUCCACGACAACACGCCAAGUGGUGUGAAGAACGAAAAGACAAAGUACAUAGUGACAGCGCUGCGGAGUGCGUGCGAAUUUGUCAAACUACUAUCUGGGUCGAAAUAGCGCGAUAUCGUUGCUUCCACGCAUACAAUUGAUGCCCGUUUUUUUGUCUUAAUUCUUGGUAUUUUGGGAUAAGGCUGAAGAAGGCUGGGUGGCAGAGUCUUUGCCGACAAAGCUGCUGGCUAUUCUGUGGUUAGGAAAUUGAGAGGUUGACAUUAUAAUGAGGGAAAAGAAACCGGAAAAGGAAUAUUGGGCGUUCAAAAUUCGAGUUUUCCGGUUCUAUUAAGGUGAAUUUGGGAAUGUGCUUGCAGCGAUUAUGUGGUGAUAGCAGAGAUUGAGUUAAAUAGUUAACGUUACUUUUUACUGCAACUCUAUUCAAAAUUAGUUUACAUCAAACGGAUCUUCAGGGAACUGUUUUUGAAGAGCAGUACAAAGAGCGAAGACAGACAUUUACUACAGAGUACAAGUGGCUGAGAGCUAGUUAACUAAAUAAAUACCUGCUUCUAAUAGAGCCUCGUUGACAUGAUGAAAUGCGCACGGCGGAAAUAUCUUCCGCCAACAGAAUAAACAAAGCGGGUUGCUUUCCCAACCAGGGCCGCCAGCUCAUCGUUCCUUUUAGGUUCAAGAUGUCCAACCUGGAGAUAGACCGGCUACGCAGAAUUGUCGAAGAACAGCAACGGCGCCUUGAAGAAGCUGAACAACGAAGCGAGGAGGAACGACGUCGCCGCCAAGAAGCAGAAGAGAGAACUAGCAAAACAACGCUUCCUGCUUUGCUUGAUGGCCUCCAUGCGCACCUCUCUCUCGGUCUUGAAGUUCAGCGGGACUCAACGCAGUCGACUCGCGGUGAUCCAUCCAAUGCGACAAACAAACUGCGCCCGGACAAAAUACGCGUAUGGGAGCAAUUUGCGACUGAUCAGGAAGCAAUAUGGCAACUUCUGAUGGACUCCGACCUUAUCAACGAGCGACACUUUACCUCCCUACACACCUUGCAAGAAGAAGGGGAAGCGGUGCGCCGGCGCCUGAUUAGCUCUGAGCUCGAUCUGAAUCACUUUCUCCGUCUUACAGUCGAAGAUCACGUAUCCCGGAUCAUUGAGAUAAUAUAUCAAAAUUCUGAACUUCGUGAGGCCUUCGGGUUGAAGGGGUCGAUUCGGUUUGAAAAUCAUGCCAAUACACUUAGUCCCGAGCGGCAGAUUGAAAAUGCGAUGGACAGCAUGGAUAUACGGGGGCGCGCACCACCCCGACGCCGCUCACCCCGUUUAUUGGCUAGAGAACAACAUGACGGGUUAGUUGAAUCUAAUACUCCCGUAAAGACAUCUACAAUCAGAGGCGGACGGCCCCGGGCGGAUCAAUUUUGCGUGUACAACAUAACCCGUGGGGCGUCGGAGACGGACUACCGCGUCCCAGCAUAUAUCAAAGAGUUUAAGGCUCCACAUAAAUUAAAGUUGGGGUUCAUCAAUGAAGGACUGCAGGAUAUGGAUCUAGAGCUGGUUGUCCAGUAUAACGAGGCGGAGAGCGCCCAGGAUCGGUUCAAACGUCUCAUUGCCGCCGUCAUCACGCAGGCGUUCGACUAUGCGGUUGAUGCCCGUGUAAAAUAUGCCAUGAUUAGUACUGGAGAAGCGGACAUUUAUUUGAAAAUCGACGACGACCCAUCCACUGUUUAUUACUAUCUUUCUGUCCCAAAGGCCGACGUUGGGGAGACGACCGCAUGGGAUCCCAACACCGAUAGCCCAAACCGACUGCAUCUUACUGCUGUUGGACAAUUGCUAGCCUUUACCCUCCAGGCGAUCAAGACACCGUUAUGGAGUCAUGAAUGGAGGCAAAGGGCUCAUGACACAUUGGCAAAGUGGGAAGUGAUGUACAUGGAUAUGCUAGACAAAGUCCAAGAUGAUGAUGAGCCUCCAGGGUCCGAAUAUCGUCCUCGACCCAAUGCGAACGACUUUAUCCGGAUAUCCCCAAUCCGCAUUCGUCGAAGGAGGCUGCCAAUCAAUUAUGGGGGCUGCCAGCCGCCGCCAGAACAGCCGCAACCUGAUGAUGAUGAUGAUGAGUUUGACUCAGACACGCCGAGCCGAACUCGUCAAGCGACUGACCUCUUGUCUCGUUCACAUCCAGCUUCAUUGAAGGCGAUGUCAACUCCAUCACCUUCAGGUCCUGACAAUCAGCAGCGGCAGAACAAUCGGCGUUACUGCACUGUGAAAUGCCUUCGCGGGCUGAUUGAUAGCGGCCCUCUGGACCCAGCAUGCCCAAACGUGCGUGACCACGGCAAGCACUCCCAUUCCAUCGAUCAAUCACAGCUCUUAAGCUUGUUAAGCCAGCAGCUCUCGGAAAGUCUGGCUGUGGAUUGCGAAACCCUUGGCAUCCAUGGCUCUCGUGGAGUUCUGUUGAAAGUCACGCUCUCGUCAUUUGGAUACACUAUGCCAGCGAAAUGCACCAUACCUGAAUUUGUGCAUCAUCUCAAACAUGAAGCAACUGUCUACCAGCAGCUUCUUCCCGUGCAGGGUAUCCAUGUUCCACUGUAUUUGGGCAGCCUCGAUCUCGACCCCCCAUGCAAUUACGAUGGGAUUGCCGAUCUCGUCCACAUGAUGCUAUUAGGCCCGGGCGGUCAACCCAUUGCUCGAGUACUCAACACGGCCAACAGACAGGAUCUUAUUGAGAAGACAAAGCAGUCCCUUGUUGCCAUACACCGUCUAGGUGUAGAACACCGUGACGCCGAGCCACGUAACCUACUGUGGAACCCUGAAAUCAAAACGGUUGUCCUCAUCGACUUUGAAAGGGCACAAAUUCACGAGCCACGACCAGUUUUAGGAGUUCUGUCACCGAAUCCUAAGCGAAAGCGCACGCCCAGCCUCGGUUUGUGUAAGCCACUCCCAGAGCGGCGAUUCGCGACAGAUAUUAACCUAGCCGUGAAUGAGUUACGAGAUUUGAACAAGUGGGAUGGGCGUAAGGUGCUAGGCGAAAUAUGAUAACAAGCAGAUGCAGCUGGUCAGAAUGGAGUGACAAGAAUCGUUAUUGAUUCUACUCAAAUAAUAGAAUGAAUUUACUAAAGCCAUACAGCUGGCAUCAUCACUCAGCAGAUUAAUGUCUCUUUGACCCUUUGCGCUUCAGCCCCGUUGGAGGGGUCCUCAGCACUCUAGCGAGCCUUCCCAACUGCCGGCCUUCACUCUGUGAUGAGCGCAAGAACAGCGUAGCUCUCCAUGAAAGUGUGGCUUUCCCAAAUAUCACAGUGAGCCCUACGGUUUCAAGUGAGAUUUUAUGGUGUGCAUAGGUACGGAGAUUCUAUGCAUAGAAAUGAUUGGAUCCCAAAGGGCACGGGCUCCAGUCAGGGUUAAUCUUGUCGGGGAGACGGGUAGCAAUGUAUUCGCGUGGGUGAGGUCAAUGGUGAUAACAAGGAUAGGCUAUAUAUAUAUGUGGUUUGAAGGAUCUAAUAAUGUUGAGAUUAACCGUAUACACUUAAGGAAACAAAGUUUCUCGUCCACUACCCGUCCGUCCUGACCUGUCAGGCCUAAUAGAACCGAAGAGAGGAAGGAAAACAAACAGAGCGCGUGUUUACGAAGCUAUAAGAGCAACGCGCCUAGCCCUUGCCCUAGCUCUCAGUGCCACAUCAUCCUCUGUCCACCGUGUCGGCGCCCACAGAAGAUAUUCAAUUGACAUUAGGUUGAAGGGGACUUGCUGAGUGUGGGAGGUGUCUCCUUCAAGGGCCCCAGCCACGGGGACAUGGUCGGCGAGCGUAUUGGGAAGUGAUGGAUAGGGGGCGAUUCAAUGUUCUCUUUGUCACCGCCCUCGCUAACCGUUCCGGUAGUUAAGUCUCUCUGUGAUCGUUAGGAAAGGACUCUCUGGAACCCAUGGUGCUGGAAAAGCUCACCUUCGCUUGUCACGGCCGCCACUUCCUCCGGGAAUGCAGGUUCGUCUCCCUCUCCGCUUCCUGCAGCGGCGUAGUCUCAACAUCUUUAUAUAAACUUCUAUAGUAACUCACUUCAAUCUGAUAAAAAUAUAUUCAAUUGAAACUUGAUAUAUUUAUUUUUAUACAGUCACUGCUAUUAUCUCUCAACUAUAGAAUAAUAAAUAUUAAUAUUUAAUUACUUUCUGA